AUGCUAGACGAAGAAUACGAAGACGCCGAGGGCGAUGUCGAUCAGGACGACGACAACAUCUACUGUACGGGGUUGGUGGCAGGCCACAAGGUCGUGAUUGUGUGCCUGCCAGGUCAUUUCGGGACGAACCCAGCUGCAGCUGUGGCAACACAGAUGCAGGCGAAAUUUAGAGGAAUACGUUUCGGACUGAUGGUAGGAAUAGGCGGAGGUGUACCGAGCGCAAAUGCAGAUGUUCGACUAGGAGACAUCGUGGUUAGCAAGCCGCAUGGUCCAUUUGGCGGAGUCGUGCAAUACGAUAUGGGGAAGUCAUCACCCGGCGAAUUCCGACGCACAGGAUUUCUAAACGCGCCGCCACAGAUCCUGCUCAGUGCCGUAACGGCGGUCCACGCAGACACCCUUCUGGCUAAGGGUACACUACGCAGUCGCCUCGCCGAGGUUGAACGCAUACCUGCAUUUCAGCGCAAGAAGGCGGGGCCGGAUAUUUUGUUCGAUGCUUCCUACCAUCACGGGGGCGGUCUCACAUGCAAAGAGUGCAAUACCCACAGACAAGUGAUACGCCCAGGGCGCGAAGAUGGGGCAAAAGUAGAAGUUCAUACAGGCACGAUCGCUUCCGGCAAUCAAGUGAUGAAAUCUGGAACGCAAAGAGACCAGAUUAGCCACGAGCUCGGCGGUGUUUUGUGCUUCGAGAUGGAGGCCGCUGGUCUUAUGAACACCUUCCCAUGUGUCGUGAUCCGUGGUAUCUGCGACUAUGCUGACUCGCACAAAAACGAUCAUUGGCAACCUUACGCAGCGGGGACCGCAGCGGCUUACGCGAAAGAACUGCUCUCUAAGAUACCAACCCCAGCGGAGAGCGACACCGAGGGGCAAAAUGAGCUGAAUGUAGAGGAAAAGCGAACCAUUUUGGAGUCACUGAAAUUCAAGCGCCUGGGAGCACGCAAGUUGAUUAUCAAGAGAGCUCACGUUCAAACAUGCAAAUGGCUCUUAGAUGACCCCCAAUAUGUCAGAUGGAUGAACGCCACCGAUCACCACGAAUACAACGGCCUAUUGUGGAUCAAGGGAAAAGCUGGGGCCGGAAAGUCUACACUGCUGAAGUUUGCAGUAGAGUCAGCUCAAAGGACAAUGAGGCAGGCUAUCCACUUAUCCUUCUUCUUCAACGCUCGGGGAGACGACAUGGAGAAAUCCACGAUUGGAUUAUACCGUGCCCUCUUAGUGCACCUUCUCGAGUGCAUUCCGUCGCUUCAAAACGUUUUGAACUUGCUCUACCCACCGGGCUCCAAAUUCAACGCAGACCGUGAAUGGGAUACUGAUUCCUUGAAAAUGAUUUUCGAGAACGCUAUCCAAGAGCUAGGCAGUAAGAUCGUUAUUUGCUUCAUCGAUGCGCUAGAUGAGUGCGAAGAAGCGCAGAUUCGGGAAAUGAUUCGCUUCUUCGAGGAUGUUGGCGAGCUGAGUAUCCAAAAAGGCGUACGAUUUUCAGUUUGUUUCUCUAGUCGACAUUAUCCACAUGUCACAGUCAGCAAGGGACUAGAGCUCGUGUUGGAUGAUCAAGGUGGGCACGAACGAGAUAUCGCCAACUACAUCAAAGCAGAGCUAAAGAUUGGGCAAAGUGACGUGGCCAAACGUAUGAGAACUGAUCUUCAAAAGAAGGCGUCAGGCAUUUUCAUGUGGGUCGUUCUGGUCAUCGGUAUUUUGAACAAAGAAUUCGACCGUGGUCGAGUUCAUGGUUUAGAACAGAAGUUGCGAGAGAUUCCCAACGACCUGGACAACCUAUUUCACGACAUCCUGACGCGCGAUUCGGACAACACCGACGAUUUGGUUCUGUGUAUUCAAUGGGUUCUUUUUGCGACUCUUCCACUAAGCCCCGAAGAGCUUUACUAUGCUGUUUUGUCUGGCAACAAUCCGGAGGCCCUGACUACGAGAAACAGAUAUCAUGUCACGAAAGAUGUGGUUGAACGUUUUGUAUUAGACUGCUCCAAGGGUCUUGUUGAGAUUGCAAAGCCCGAUGAUUCGUAUCGUCCCUAUGUCCCUGAGGAGGAUCACUCUUCAUGCGUGAAGCCGGAGGCAGGAAAGGUUCAGUUCAUACACGAGUCAGUCCGCGACUUUGUCCUCAACGAGAAUGGCCUUGGGAGGAUCUGGCCACAGUACAAAACCAACUUUGAUGGGCAGAGCCAUGAGCGACUGAAACAAUCCUGUCUAAAUCAGAUCUCCAAGAUCAUGAUCAUGCAGGUCAUACCUCCAGAUAUUCCUGAGUGUAACCUCCGCUCGCCGGAUUACUCCAGGGCGUCAAGUCUCAAGCUAGCUCAAGAUUUCCCCUUUCUGUUGUAUGCUACUCAGAAUGUAUUGCUGCAUGCAAAUAUCUCAGAAGAGUGGGGCAUAUCACAGGCGCAUUUUCUCAGCAAGUUUCCGCUUCGAGCAUGGGCCAAAUUAGACAACAUGCUCAAGUCCCAUGAAACCCGUACGAAUUCAUCAGACGUCAGCCUUCUGUACCGAUUAGCAGAGCUGAACUGUGCUGACCUCAUACUGGCUCACUUCCAACCCUUACAAUGUCUGAGAAUAGAAAAAGAGCGAUACGGCUGUCCCGUCUUUGCAGCAAGUGCGUUGGGAAACUUUGCGGCGAUUCGCGCGUUUACACUUGUUCUCAGUAGAGGAAGAGCACGCAAGAGGCAUAGGCAUGAGCUGAAUGAUGGACACAUCGCAGAUACAGGAGAUCGCAAAUUUGCAUACUCAAGAGAAGGAGGUUUCCUGAACAACGCAGCAAAGGUCUGUCCAGAAGAUUUGACGACAACGCUGAUACGACUGUGGAGGCAUGCUGUGGAAGCUCCAGGCUCAGACCCCUGGGACGCGAUAAUGUCGGCUGGCCGCAGAGACCACGCGAAAGUCGUUCAGUUGCUCUUGGAUGAUCGCGUGAUUUCGGCUGGUGAUCCAGACGGCAAAUUGGCGAAGUUACUGAACGACGCAGUAAUGUACGGCAACGAUUCAAUCGUUCGAUUUCUCAUGAGUACCAGGUUCUGUAUGGAUAUUCGACCCAAGCACUUAGAUGAUGCGUUCCACCAUGCCGUUCAUUUUGGCCACACAAUGUCUGCUGCUAUAAUGUUGGACAAAGGAGCCAACGUGAACGCGCAGAGAGAGUGCUCCUUCAACGCAAUCUCCACAGCUAAAUGUCACUGCCGCAGAGAGAGAGGGCACUCCGUCAACGCACUCUACACAGCUAUAUGUCACUGCCGCAAAGAGACUGCACUAUUCCUGCUGGAAAUGGGUGCUGACGUUAACGCACAAUGUGGCAUGUAUGGAAACGCACUCCAAGCAGCUGUGCACCAUGAUUACGCAGACUUGAUAAAGGCGUUGGUGAAUAAAGGGGCCAAUGUUAACGCGCAAGGUGGAUACUGUGGUAACGCGUUGCAAGCAGCCUCGCUGUACGGAAAGAUGGAAAUUGCAGAACUUCUGCUCGAAAGUGGUGCAGACCCGAAUGCACCAGGCCCGAAUGCACCAAGCGGACAAUUGAAGAACGCACUCCAGGCAGUCUCCAUAUUCCACCACCAUAGCAAGCUUAGAUUGUUGCUCAUAGAGAAGGGCGCAUUGAACCCAUGA